AUGGGCACGCGCGCCGGCAGAGGCCGGAACCUUUCUCCUCUCGCAGUGGUAGCCCCGGGUGGGCCGGAACCUUUCUUCUCGCGUCGCCGUUGGUGGGCGGAGGCGUGCGGAAACGGAACGGUCCUCCAGCUGCCCAGCUCGCGCCGCGGUCGCCGGCUGCUGACGUGGGCGGGCCUGGUGGGGGCCGUGGGUGUGGGUCGCCAUGGCGGUGGACAUCACACUGCUGUUCCGGGCCAGCGUCAAGACCGUGAAGACGCGCAACAAAGCGCUGGGAGUGGCGGUGGGCGGCGGGGUCGAGGGCAGCCGCGACGAGCUGUUCCGCCGGAGCCCCCGGCCUAAGGGCGACUUCUCCAGUCGGGCGCGCGAAGUGAUUUCACACAUUGGCAAACUGAGAGAUUUUCUUCUGGAACACAGGAAAGAUUAUAUUAAUGCUUAUAGCCAUGUCAUGUCUGAAUAUGGGAGAAUGACAGACACAGAACGAGACCAGAUAGACCAGGAUGCUCAGACAUUCAUGAGGACCUGCUCAGAAGCGAUCCAGCAACUGAGAACACAAGCCCACAAGGAGAUACAUUCCCAGCAAGUGAAGGAGCACAGGAGUGCUGUUUUGGAUUUCAUUGAAGAUUACUUAAAAAGAGUAUGUAAACUUUACUCAGAACAAAGAGCCAUCCGAGUUAAGCGAGUGGUGGACAAGAAAAGAUUAUCUAAGCUGGAACCAGAACCAAAUACAAAGACAAGAGAAUCCAUGUCUUCUGAGAAAGUUUCACAGAAUCCUUCAAAAGACUCUGAAGAAAGACCUGUCACUGAAGAAUUUCCAGGAAAGAUUCCAGCCGAAGCACAACCUGAAUUGGGAACCUGGGGAGAUGGGAAAGGUGAAGAUGAAUUAUCCCCAGAAGAAAUACAAAUGUUUGAACAAGAAAAUCAGCGCCUGAUUGGUGAAAUGAACAGCCUGUUUGAUGAAGUGAGGCAAAUCGAAGGGAAAGUGGUUGAAAUUUCCAGACUCCAAGAGAUAUUCACAGAGAAGGUUUUACAACAAGAAGCUGAGAUUGACAGUAUUCACCAAUUAGUAGUAGGAGCAACUGAGAACAUCAAGGAGGGCAAUGAAGACAUCAGAGAGGCCAUCAAGAACAACGCUGGCUUCCGCGUGUGGGUGCUCUUCUUCCUGGUGAUGUGCUCCUUCUCCCUGCUCUUCCUCGACUGGUAUGACAGCUAGGCGGCCACACCCGGCAGACGGCGCGCCGGGUGCCCUGUCGUGGUCCCUGGCGUCGGGGCCAUCGGUGGGGAGGGGGCACUGAGAUACGUACUCACAAAAAGGACACCCGACUUGUGGUUUUAAGCCCAUUUAGUAGCUGGAAAAGAAAACAACACAACUAAAAGUGGUCUGCGUCGCAAUCCUGCGGCCAGAGGGAAGGAACCGGGAGGGUGAUUAUUCCUGCACCUGACGGGGCUGCCCCGGGGGAAGCGGGGCACACGGGCCUCCUGCUCCACCGACGUCUCAGGCUUAGAGGAGGCGCCGGUCUUUCCCUCCUGGUGGCAGCAGGAAGAGUGCUGGCCAGUAGCUCCUCACAGCAGACGAUGGGCUGUUUCCUGUGGCUUCUUGUCUGCCUCAGCCGACUGAUACACAGACUCAUCGUGCGGUAGAAAAGAUACCACCUUCACCCUGUGAGUCUAGUGAAUACAACAACUA